AUGGAAUUUGUUUUGUUUUAUGUGAACGGACACGAAGAAAAAUCUAGUUUAGCUUUUGUUAUAGAUAGAACUAGUUCAAUGGGAAAAGAAAUAAUUCAAGUGAAGAAAACCACGGAUAUAGUUUUUAAUAAUGUAAUUAAUUCAAAAACAAAUCAUAUAGAUAAUUUUGUUUUAGUUACUUUUGAUGAUCCUAAUGUGCAAGUACGUACUGACACCCGAAAUACAGAAGAAUUCAAAAAAGCUCUAAACGAAAUUGAGCUGGUAAAGGGAGGUGAUUGUCCUGAAGCUUCUAUGUCAGGCAUUGAACAAGCACUGGAGAUCACUCAUCCUAACUCAUUUAUAUAUGUAUUCACUGAUGCCUCUGCUAGUGAUUAUAAAAAAAUGGAAGUUGUUAAAAGUCUCAGCCAGAAAAAGUCAACUCAGGUGAAUUUUCUUUUGACCGGACGCUGUAGAUUUUCUUCGGAAAAACGUUUUGUUGUUUACGAUGAGCUAGCAGAGGCGACAUCGGGACAUGUCUUUAAUAUUGAAAAAGAUGACGUUGCCAAGGUUAUAGAUUUUGUCGCGAAUUCUUUAAAAUCUAAAAUUACUGUACUAAAGCGAAAAAAAUUUGUGGACAAAUUUGACCAAAAAGUUCAAUUCACAAUAGAUAAAGAAAAAAACCACGUUCCUCCACAAGUUUCGAUUCUAGGAGAUUCGCAUGUAAAUUUAGAAUUUUAUGACGUAAUAUCGAUAAAAUGUCAAGUUCGUGCAAAUCCGAAGCCAAAUAUUACAUGGAUGGAUAAUGAUGGUAAUUUUUUUGAAUCUAAGGUUAUGGAAUUGGACUCUCCCAAGUAUUUGAGUAUUUUAAAUAUAACAAAAGCUGAUAAGAAUACUACAUUGACUUGUAAGGCUAAAAAUGAGGAAGGUUACGACGAAAAAUCAGUGGUCUUAGAGGUAAAACAAAAUAUGUUUUUGAAUAUAUUGGAAUAUCCAAAAGAUAUUAAAAUAGAGUACAAGAAAAGUGAAGAACUAAAAUGUAAAGUCGACGCCUAUCCACCUGCUGAAAUUUCUUGGUAUAGAAAUAAUGAAAAACUAAGUAACAAUACAGAUUUAGAAAUUGCACCGGAUAAUACAACGUUGAGGAUAAAACAAAUGCAACCUUAUUUAACAGGGAAAUAUUAUGUCCAAAUAUCUAACGGGUUUAAAACGGAAAAAACUGAAUUCAACGUCUCUAUAGUUGGUGCAGAAGAAAAAGUUCAGGUUUCUCCACAAGUUAGAAUUCUAGGAGAUUCGCAUAUAAAUUUAGAAUUUAAUGACGUAAUAUCGAUAAACUGUCAAGUUCGUGCAUAUCCGAUGCCAAAUAUUACAUGGAUAGAUAACGAUGGUAAUUUUUUCGAAUCUGCGGUUAUGGAAUUAGAAUCUGCCAAGUACUUGAGCACUUUAAAUAUAAAAAAAGCUGAUAAAAGUACUACAUUGACUUGUAAAGCUAAAAAUGAGGAAGGUUACGACGAAAAAUCAGUGGUCUUAGAGGUAAAACAAAAUAUGUUUUUGAAUAUAUUAGAAUAUCCAAAAGAUAUUAAAAUAGAGUACAAGAAAAGUGAAGAACUAAAAUGUAAGACCGAUGCCUAUCCACCUGCUCAAAUUUCUUGGUAUAGAAAUAAUAAAAAACUAAGUAACAAUGAAGAUUUAGAAAUUACACCGGAUAAUAUAACGUUGAGAAUAAAACAAAUGCAACCUUACUUAAAAGGGAAAUACUAUGUCGAAAUAUCUAAUGAGUUUAAAACAGAAAAAUUUGUAUUCAACGUCUUUAUUGUUGGUGCAGAACCUCCAAUAAUUAAUAAAACAAUUGCAACAAAUUUUCCUAUCAAGGGUUCAGAUCUAGAUAUAUAUUGCAGCAUUAUCAAAGGUAAACCGGAACCUGUCAUUUCAUGGUCGUAUAAAAAAUUUGAUUCUUCGACUAAAUUUGAAGAUCUAGUUACUGAAAGUGAUAACGUUCUUCACUUCAAGCAAGUUGAAAUAAAACAUAGUGGAGUUUACAGGUGCAUAGCCAAAAAUGACUUAGCAUACGACAAAUUCGAAAUUGAAGUAGUUGUUGAAUAUGCUCCGGUUAUAAAGAAGUCAAAUUCCAGAGUAAGAAUAAAAAUUGGGGAAAAGGCAACGUUACCUUGUGAAGUAAGUGGAACUCCAAGACCUACUGUGCAUUGGUUUGUCAAUAAUACGGAAGUUGAAAAAAUUUCAAGUAAAUAUUUCAUUACCAGAAAAAAUAACUUAAGUUUUACAGUUUCAAUUAAUGAUGGAGGUGAUUAUUCAUGUCGGGCGCAAAAUAAAAUUGGUGUCACGGAGCGAAAAAUAAAAGUGUUUCCUUUUAUGUCUCCAACAAUAGAUCCCCCUGAUUCAAGUAACAUAACUUUAAGAACAGGAGAACAAUUAAAGUUGACAUGUAAGGCCCAUGGUCUUCCGGAACCGAAGAUUAAAUGGUUAUAUAACAAUUUUGAUCAGAGAAUGAUGCAGUCAGUGAAGAAAAGUGUUAAUAGUACAUAUGAAAUCAAAGUGCAGUUAUAUGAUGCUGGAGAGUAUGUUUGUGAGGCCAGGAAUUCAGGAGGUCAGAGCCAAAUGUCAAUCUUUGUACAUAUUGCAGCUGCCCCGCAAUUUAAACCUAUGCCCAACAUUUUGGAAAGCGUUGUAGGUGACUUGGUGUUAUACGUACCAUGUGACACACUUAAUUUUCCUAUACCAACUAUUAGUUGGGAGUACAAAACAAAUGAAAGAACAAAAGGAAAGACUAUAAUAAGUGAAGGUAUGGGUGAAUAUAUUAUUAACAGUUCUAACACUCUGAUACUAAAGAAAAUUACCAAAAAUAGCGAAGGCCUAUAUAAGUGUAUCGCCAAAAAUGCUUAUGGUAGUGCUUCUCAUGAAUACGAAAUACAGAUAAGAGAUUUUCCAUAUGCACGUACAGAAGAUGUAAUGAAAACUACUACAUAUAUUGAGAGAAGUACUGGUACACUCAACUGUCCAGAUAUCAGUGUUUAUGGUGAACAUUAUACCCGCUGGUACAAGGAUGGAUAUUUAAUCAAGAACUGUACAGAUACUCCUUGUACCUUAAAAUUAUUUGACAUGACAAAUGCUGACAGUGGUGUAUAUUCUUGUCGUGUCAGCACAAUGGAUGGCUCAUACUCAACUCAUAUGAAAAUCAUUGUAGGUUUUGAGCCAUAUUUCAGAGGUGAAGUAAAAAAAAAUAUACCUUUUGAAGAAAACGGCGAUGUGUCUUUAGAUUGUAGCGCUUAUGGAGAACCUGCCCCUACGAUAAAAUGGUUUAAGGCUUCAAAAAAGAUAUUAGAAAAAAACUCCCAUUUUAACUUUAAAAUGACUUCUGAUUGUAUUGGAAAAUAUGAAUGCAUUGUAAGCAACAUUUUUGGCACUAUUAGACGCAUCUUUGAAAUCCAAAGUGAUCUCGUAUGUCCAAUGAAUAUGACAUUUAAUAGAAAUAUGCCACUCUUUCUGGAACCUAAUUCUACAUGGAUAUUGACUGAUAAAAAAACAAUAAAUACUGAAAUUAAAAUAGAUUGUGUAAAUGAAUAUAUAUCCGAUGGUGAAAGAAAAUUCAUUUCUCCACUAUGGGCGAAAUGCAUUGGAAAGACCAUAUUUAAAACAGAUUUUGGAAACAUCGACAUAUCAAAACUGAAAUGUGACCGUCCUAUCAAUAUAGCAAUAAAAGGUACCAAUGAACCCUGUAUUAAGGGUAAUUCUGAACUAGUACAAGUUGGAUUUCAAGUGAAAUCAUCUUUCCUAAGUGUAUAUGAUGUUUGUAUUGAUAAAAUCAAAAAUUAUCCAUGUUUUAUAAAAUAUGCUUUGAAUGAAAACAUGGCAAAUAGUACACCAACAGAAUUAGUACACUACGUUGAAUCUUCAUAUAUGCCAUUUAAAUUUGAGGAUCUAUACGAUUGUAGCAACCAACUGAAAUCUAUUUAUGCUAAAACUGGCGUAAAUUUAAGUGAAGGUAAUAAGUGCUGUUUUACCAGAAAGCAGCUUGUGAGUCCAAAGGACAUGUUGCCAGGAAUAGCUCAAAUAGCAACUUAUACUUACGUGAAUGUUAUUCCCCAAUGGAGCACUUGUGGAACGGAGAACUGGGACGAAGUAGAACGACGUGUAAGAUUUCUUGCUAAGUCGAGGAGCACUUUAUUGGAAGUGUGGACAGGAACUUCGGAAUCAAUAAAACUCCCGAAUCAAAAAAUCGAUACAUUUGUUACAAUAAAUGAUAAAUAUGAUCGUAUACAAAGAGUUCCACGUUUUAUAUGGAAGUUAGUGAUAUAUAGACAAAACCCACGAGAACGAGGGAAUGAAGAAGGAAUCGCAAUUGUUGUAAUGAAUACUCCAAACCUAGAAGUUACAGAAGCUCUAAAGCAAAUUCCUUGCAAAAGGGAUAUUUGCAACAAAACAAAGUGGAUGUAUGGCUCUCAAUGGCAUGAUCCUUCAAAGGGUUUCGUGUUUUGCUGCAAUGUUAAGGAAUUUAUGACAGCAUUUCAUUAUGACAAUCUCUUUCCAAUCAUGAAACCUUUAGAG